CAAUUCCUUGCUACGUUUCUCAGUGGAAGCCGUAAACCAAGGUAUCGUAGUGGAGCUGUGUACUCAUUUCUAGUUACAUUAGCAGAAAAGUAAGCGCGCAGCUAAACUACAGUACCCACACGGCAUUGUUCCAGCCUACAGUACAUUCUGCUUAUCCGGGGAUGUCACACCGCUGCUAUUUUCUCCCCUCAGUCCCUCUCACUCUCAGCCUAGAGCUCCAGCGGACUGACACUUGUCUUUGGAUAGAAAGAAACGAACAAUAAGAUACCAGACAGAGGCCAAAAAUGGCAGAGCUUGGAGCGGGAAGCCUGGCUUUAGGGGAUCCUGCUUUUAAUUACCAGGAGCACGAGCUGAACGAGCGGCUGAAACGACUCUACCCGGCUGUGAACGAGGAAGAGACCCCUUUACCCCGAUCCUGGAGCCCCAAGGAUAAAUACAGCUACAUUGGGCUGUCACAGAACAACCUGCGGGUCCAUUACAAAGGCCAUGGUAAGAACCACAAGGAUGCAGCAUCAGUGCGAGCCACACACCCAAUCCCUGCUGCCUGUGGAAUCUACUACUUUGAAGUGAAGAUUGUCAGCAAAGGUCGAGAUGGGUACAUGGGCAUCGGCCUGUCUGCCCAGGGUGUCAACAUGAACAGACUGCCUGGAUGGGACAAGCACUCAUACGGUUACCAUGGAGAUGACGGCCACUCCUUCUGCUCCUCCGGGACUGGCCAACCAUAUGGCCCAACAUUCACCACGGGAGAUGUGAUUGGCUGCUGUGUUAACCUCAUCAACAACACUUGUUUUUACACCAAAAAUGGCAUCAGUUUAGGUGUAGCCUUUACAGACCUGCCUCCCAACCUGUACCCCACUGUGGGGCUUCAGACCCCAGGUGAGAUCGUAGACGCUAACUUUGGCCAGCAGCCCUUUGUUUUUGAUAUCGAGGACUACAUGAGUGAAUGGCGAGCCAAGAUCCAUGGCAUGAUCGCUUGCUUCCCCAUAGGAGAGAGGCUGGGGGAGUGGCAGGCAGUCCUGCAGAAUAUGGUAUCCAGCUACCUGGUGCACCACGGUUACUGCGCCACCGCAACUGCCUUCGCCAGAGCUACGGAGACCAUGAUACAGGAGGAUCAGGCAUCUAUAAAGAACAGACAGAGAAUACAGAAGCUGGUGCUGGCAGGACGGGUGGGCGAAGCCAUAGAAGCUACACAGCAGCUUUAUCCUGGCCUGUUAGAACACAACCCCAAUCUACUAUUCAUGUUGAAGUGUCGUCAGUUUGUGGAGAUGGUGAAUGGUACAGACAGUGAGGUUCGCUGCUUGACCAUUCGCUCCCCCAAGUCUCAGGACAGUUACCCUGGUUCCCCCAGCCUCAGUCCCCGACACGGAGCCAGCAACACACACCUGCGCAUCGGAGGUCUGUGUUUUUCAUCUCCAGGAGCAGACAGCCCUACCUGCAGUAACGGGGUGACGCCCUCCAACAAGCCAAAAAGCCACAGCACCACUGGCAGCAGCAGCAUCAAAUACCCCAGCAUGUCCUCCUCUACCUCCUCUUCCUCCUCCUCCUCCCCUUCUUCAGUCAACUACUCUGAGUCCAACUCCUCUGACUCUACUAAGAGCCAGCCACACAGCACCAACAGCACCCAGGAAACAAGUGACAGUGAGAUGGAGAUAGAAGCAGAGCACUAUACCAACGGAGUUGUUGAGGGCUCCUCUGCACGAAUCAUGAAUGGUACAUACAAACACGAAGAGAUCCUUCAGCCAGAAGGCAACCGUAUUGGAAAUGGGGUCACAGAAGAUGAGGGUUGUAGUAAUAGCAAACAGCUUUGUGGAGGUAACCAGGCAGCCACAGAGCGGAUGAUCCAGUUUGGACGGGAGCUGCAGGCGCUCAAUGAGCAGCUGUGCCACGAGUACGGCAAGAAUGCUACACACAAGAAGAUGUUACAGGAUGCGUUCAGUCUGCUAGCAUACUCUGACCCAUGGAACUGCCCCGUUGGCCAGCAAUUAGACCCCACACAGAGAGAAUCCCUCUGCUCCGCACUCAACAGUGCCAUACUGGAGUCCCAAAAUCUGCCUAAGCAGCCUCCACUCAUGUUGGCAUUGGGUCAAGCCACAGAGUGUGUUCAGCUCAUGGCCCGAGUCCGGUCUGGUUCCUGUUCAUUCGCCAGAGUAGACAACUUUUUGCACUAGCCCAGGUCCAGGUUAAUGUUAAGUAGCACUGAGAGAAGGCAUGUGCAGCAGGCAGUUGCCAUGUUGAUGGAGGAAAAAGCAUGCGUGAUUGGUAUGCUUGGCUGUCUGCCAUACCAAGCCAGUAACAGACAGAGGAGAGGAGAAUGAGAGAGAGGAAAACUUCCUUUUCAUUUAGUAUUAUCAAAUAAAGGAUUGUGUGACACUAUUUAAAGAUAAUUAUUAUUGUGUUUAUUUAGCCUUUUUUAAGGUUUUUUGUGAGUUUGUUGUGCUCAUCCUGGACAAAGUAAAUUGUUUAAUCCCCCUUUUUAUUUUGUCUUCUCUUUUAAUGGGUGGAUUUUGAUUCCCUAUGGUCAGUAUUUUAUUCACAGUGUCAUUGUUGUUCACCAUGUCAUAAACCACAAUACCCAGAGCUGGUUACCAUGGUGACCCCCACAACCAUAGGUCAAUGUAACAAAACUGGAGGUACAUUACAUCACUUUUAAUACGAUACAGAAGACAGACAGACACAGUACAUUAUUCCCCUGAAAUAAAGACUUAGAAGUGCAUUCAAAUGGAGCGUGAGCAAACAAGUGCUCAGCAUAAAAAACACCUCUAAUUGUUUAGAGCAGAUUGGCUCUGGUCAAGCAAUACAGUAGUAAACACUGAUUUAAAAUAGAAAAUGGGCUAAUGUAAAACAAAAGUGAGUCCUCAAAUGAUUCCAGAAAGUUGGAAAUAAAGAUUUGGUGGCUGUACUUUAUUGCCAGAACCUUCCCAAGUUAUAGUUGUUAUGUUUUCAAGAAUGAAAUACUGUGCGCUAACAGGUCAGUAGCCAAAGAACAGAACAAAUCCUGAAAAACAUCACCUAGGUAUGAAACAUAAUUGAAGGGCCCCUGUAGUGGCAAACACUGCCAGUAACCAGGGGAGAAGGGUGAUGACAGGGGAUUAAAUUGGAAUAUUAGAGGUGUUGGAGCCUUAAUUUUACUCUAACAACCGCAGCAUUGACCAAUCAGUGAUGUGGUUGCAGGUGUCGGCACCAAACCUAGCACUAUCAUAGCCACCUUGAUGCCAGCAUAGAGAAAAUCUGUAUCAAAGGCAGACUAACAAGCAGUGUGUGUACAACUAUAAGUCAAGUCUCCCCCAGGGAUUUCAUUACUGCAGUUUUUUUUAAAUCUUCCGCAGCCUGACCUGUGCUGUGCAUUUGCUGUUGCAAUUACACUUUCAAAUAAAGAGGUGAAAUCAUUUGCCAAACAGAAAGGUUAUUAAUUUUAGGCUGCACUUUGUGAUAAUUGAAUUAGUCUUUCUUUCUUUCAUUUUGAUUUCAAACCACUUAAAAGCCACAAAAUCAGUUCUGUUUGUUGGGAAAAGUCUUUUUCUGUCAUGUGUCCCCCCCUUCCCAAAUUUCUCUUAACACCCAUAUACUUGGCUAUGUUCUUCCUGUUACUGGAUAGAAGGAUAUAGCUAAGUCAAAUGUGUUGCCCAGACUCAAAAAAUUGUCCCAGAAUGUUCAACCUGUGCAAUAACCUGAUAAGUUGGAAAAGAAGGAUCUUUUUAUUAUUAGAUUUCAUUGCUGGCCACUGUGAGAUUUAUAGAGACGUUAUUACAUUGUUCCUGUUCAGGGGUUCCUGUAUUAGAGCCAGAUCAGUAGUAACAAAGCCACCAAAUACCACUUACAACCCCCAACAACAUAAAAUUACAGCUACAACUUUGGUCAUUUAUUCCUUGCUGUCAGAGACUUAUACAGCCCCAGAAUUUUCCAUAUUAAACAAAUAAAACAUUAUGAAAUAAAUCCAUAUGAAAAAGUAGACUGAAAUAUAUACCUUGGAACAAUACAUUUUGAAAUGAUGUAAUAAACUAUUGAAGCUAAAGUUUGAUUAAUGUCACUAGUCCCCUCACAUCUUAUCUCUAGCUAUUUAUUUCAGUGUUUUGAUUCUGAAAAUGUUCCUAAAAGGAAGAUGCACAAAAACACUGAGACUUUUACUGGGGUCACUGUAGCCAAAAGGAGUUAGCCAGCUGGACAUGAGUUGUUUCAUUAAUUUGUAAAAUUAUCCUACAGUUUAUUGACACUUUUAUAUAUUUUACUCUAUGUUUGUGUAAGAUUAUUUAUUUCAUACUCUCUUGUUUACUUAUCUAAUAUUAGACAUGCUGACUUCUCUUGUAGAGGCCACUAUCUAAUUUUGGCAUUUAGCCUGAGUUCUAAUUGUGUGUCCCUCAUCUCAGUUGUUGUUUAUUUGAAAAGUCAAGACCCCAAUUUUUUGUUUGUGGGUGUAUCAAACAGAUGUUCAUGGUAAAAUUACAAAUUGUACUCAACUGCAGCCAGUUUCCAUCUGUAUCGUUAAUUGGAGUUUGAUAACAAAGUUGUUUUGUGCCAUGCCUUAGCUUUAUCAAAAAUAUUUAAAUAUUUUUUAAUGGUUUUACCAAAUAGCAGUGACUGAAUGUUGCCUGACUGUCACUCCGAUGGUUUUGUUGUGGUGUGAAAAAUGGCUCAUAGAUCCUGAAGUUUAUUUUUCCAUUUAUCAGCAAAUAAGUCUGUGGUAGAAAAAUAUGGACUAAUGUAAUACUAAAGAUGUGUGUAUGCAGUGUGGGACUUACUACAGGGUAUGUAGUCAAACAUCUUAACAAGGUGGUUUUAAUGAAACACCUUCUGCUAUAAUAGAAACUCUUCUAAUAACUAUGCCUGCUGUACACACAUGACAUCUGCUUCUACAGCUGUAAAGGACUUCUGUUACACACACCUGUACAUGAAUGAACAACCUCUGUUGCAUACCUGUAGGGAAUAAGUCUCCUGGCUGUCCUUGUGUUUGAGCCUGAGCCGUGACUCAGUGCUGUCACCACACACCCUUCCUUUCCUCCCUGCGUAGACAUAGCCACUGAUGUGAUCAGUGGCCUUAGGAGGGAAGGGUGUGAACUGUUUUGGAAAUGGGCCCAGAGGCCUCUGAAUCCAUGUGGACUUAUUCUGGAGAGGCCAGAGAAAUGGAUUCCAGCAUCACAGAGAAGCUCUGCACAAUUGACUUCUAUCAUGAUUUUAAUUUCAUACUUUGACUUUUAAGUUUUAGCAACAAAAAAAAAAGAAACAGUUGUGAAAUGAGUUACUCUACUUAGCAUGACUUUUAAAACAUUUCAAAUGAUACAAAAAAGGAAACAUGAUAUUUGAAAAAAAAUAUCUAUGUAGUGGAAACAUGUUAAAGAAGAAAUAUUGUAUUCUGUUUAAUUUUGAAAUAAUUAUUUUUAUUA